AUCAAAACGUGCUGGAUAGCUUGUUUUGCUGUUAUAUGAAACAGGGAAGUCUUUUGGUUGGUAUUAUAAAACACAAUGUACUAGGAAAGUGCAGAAAUAAGGUAAGAAGUUCUUUAAAACCCUCUUUCUUUAAUCCAACAAACAAAAAUUACCAAAUUCCUAAAUCACAGACCUCCGUGAAAAAUAGAGAGAUGACAGGAGAGGUUCCAAAAGAAGAUGGCGGUGCUGUUAGUCUUGAGGAUUUGAGGCAGAAAAUGGUGGAUUUUGCUAAAGAAAGAGACUGGGAAAAGUAUCAUAGUCCAAGAAAUCUUCUUCUUGCUCUGGUAGGAGAAGUGGGAGAGUUAUCAGAGUGUUUUCAGUGGAAAGGUGAAGUACCAAAAGGAUUACCAGAUUGGAAAGAUGAAGAGAAACAACAUUUAGGUGAAGAAUUAUCCGAUGUCUUGUUAUAUCUAGUCCAACUCUCUCAUUACUGUGGGAUUGAUCUUGGUAAAGCUGCUCUCCGAAAAGUUCAUCUUAAUGCUAUUAAACACCCAGUCAAUCGAUACAUCAAAAGCAUCCCAGAGGAGGAGAACAAGAAAUCUGAUGUUGAUGAAGAUGUUAAGAUCACAAACCAAGACAGCAACAAUAGUAAUGGCAUGAUUGAAAAUUUACAAAAUUAAUGGGCCAUUGAUCCUUUAAUUAGGAGUAUUCUUUUGUGUAAUUUUAGGGAUUUGAUGAGGUUUGGUUUGGUAGGUUAAGGGGAUUUUUUGCAUGAGCACCAUGAUCUGUUUUGCAGGAAUGGAUUUUUACUAGUAGUUUUUUUUUUUAAGACAUAAUUGGAACUUGGAAGCAGAAAAAUCCUUCUGGCAGGGAUUUGGUGGUGAUUUUCAUAUGAAAAUCAAAACAAAAUACAAUGGAUUAAUGUGUUUUAAAGUUAACCAUCAAGGUUUUCACAGAUUUUGGUCUUGUGAAGAUAUAGUUUUUAAUGUUUUAUUGAUGGUGAAUUCUCCUUGAUUGUUUGACUUUGGGGUAAGAUUUUACUAGAAGAUGAUAAAAAUCCUGUCUUUUACUGAUUA